AAAAGUGAAUCAUAACUGUGUUUUGAAACUACGAAUUACAUAGGACCUCUAGAGCUAGACAGGGAACAUCUGGAGAGCAAGCCCUCCUCAGAGAGGCUUAAAGUCGAGCAGCUGGACAGAGUGAGUAGUCAGAAGUUGUUCUGUGCUGAAGUGGAAGAUGAAUUCUGCUCUUUUACUUCGUGCUCUAGCCCAACUCUUGUUGCUGGCUACUAUUAUUCACACCCAGCCCCACUACUUCCACGGAGAGGAAUGGGUCAACGCUUGGCGCCAGGGAUUUAACUUCCAGUGCCCUCAUGGCGAGGCGCUUGUGGCCGUCAAGAGCUAUUUCAGUGAAGGAGAGGGCUCGGACCGUCUCUGGAGCUUUGAAUGUCAGCCGACCCCAACAACCCUUGGGGAGCCCAGCGCGUGCUGGUGGGAUGAUCUUAACCUUGCUGGCAUGGAGUGGACCUCCACAUGCAGUGACAAUGGUAUAGUGGCUGGAGUGCAGAGUCAGUACUUUCCUUCUACUCUGGACCGGGAGUGGCGGUUCUACUGUUGCCGCUACGGUAAAAGAUGCCCUUAUUCCUGCUGGAAGACCUCUGACUAUCCAGAGUACCACAAGGAGGAGGCUGAAAUGAUCGUCCCUGCUUAUGGCUACUUCAUCCGAGGUGCUCAGACCACCUUUAGCGGCGUGCUCAGGGAUCGCCAGUGGAAGUACAUCCUGUGCAGGAUGACAGACUAUGAUUGUGAAUUUCAAAACUUAUAAGUCUGGAAUUUGUUAAGCACAACAAUCCAAAAAGUCCACAUAAAUAACCACGGACUUAAAGAUUUUAUUAGAAAAAAUUUUUUACACAAUUAUAAUAUUAAUUGUCCAUGUAAUACAAGUCAAAACACUUUUAUAACCUAGGAAUUUAUAUGGUUAAUUUUUAUGUGAGACAUUAUUACAUUUUAUGUAAUCCUGCAUGGUUUAAGAGUCUGAUCUUGAUUUGCAUAACAUAAGGUCGCAUUAGUACAAACAUCCAAACUAGUUCUAUACCUACAAUGUGUUUCUUCUAUGUAUGGAUUGUAAAGCUGAAUCAAAGCACUGUGGAUGGCAUGACAUCUACAUCACCUGUUUUGACAAAAGAAAGUUAUUGCAGUGUAUCGUAUUUGGUCCCAAUAAAGCAUUUUUUCUUAA